AUGCCAUCGUUUGCAGAUAGUUUUUGGUCCGAUGAUAUGACGUCAGGUCUCCAAGUAUUGUUUUAUAAAUUAUACAAUGGUUGCAAUCAAUGUGAUGCUUUUAUUCAGCUAUUCGCCUCUAGAAUGCAAUAUGAAGUUUCAUAUGGUAGACAAUUAUGUGCUAUUCAAACUGGGAUCGAUAAAGAACCAGAAGAUCAUUUAGAGACUACAGCUGGCGUUGCAUUACAUCAUAUUCUUAAAGAAAUGGAGAAUGAAGGUGAUGAACAUUUAAAUAUCGCUUCAAAUAUAGAGAGUCUCGUGCUACAACCUUUUAGUCAAUGGUGUCUUGAUCAUAAAGGAAGGAUUAAAUAUUCUGAAAAGACUCUAAUGGAUAAUGUUAAGAAUCUUUCAAAGUCUAAGAAUUAUGUCAGUAAAUUAGAGAGAGAUUAUUUCAAUAAAUGUAAAAAAUUAGAAGAUUUUAAAAGAAUUAAUUUUAUGAACGAUGAUGAGUUAACAAAAGCAAUGAAAUCAUUAGAUUUACAAAGACAACAUGAACUUUAUUUGGAAAAUGAAAAAGAAAAUCAAGUAUUUGGAAAAUUAGGUGACAUUGAAUUCGAUUACAGAACUUUAAGAGAAACAAUUACUGCACUCUUAAAGGAUUUGCCUCACGUUGAAUACAGAUUACCUUUGAUCAAUUAUCCCUUAACAAAUACUAAUACAGGUUAUGAGAUUACACAUUUUAUAUUGGAAAUUAUGUCAUUUAAAGAUACGGAUCAAGCUGAAAGGUUUGGUCAAGAUUUAUUGGAUUAUGGGUUUUUAAAAUACGUUAAUGGUGUUGGAAAUUCAUUUGUAAAUUCAAAAAAAUUUCAAUAUCAAUGGAAGGAUUACGCUUAUAAAUUUGCUAAAUUGCCAAAUCAUACCGCCGGAAAUGGGGGCAAUAAUAGUAGUCAAACUCCUGAGAAUUUACAGGAAAAUAUAUCUCGUAAUUUUAGUAAUUUAACUAGAUACUUUUCAGGAGAUGGUAUUAGUGGAAAUACUACGACUGUAGUGUCGAACAAUACAGAUAGUGUAGACGAUUCUUUUGAUGCAAAGGAAUUAUCGAUUACUUCAUCUAUUACUGAUUCAAACGAUAACAAUAACAAUAACAAUAAUAAUGAUGGAAAAGAAAACACACCCGUAUCAGAUGAUACAAGUAACACAACAGGCAAUGAUACUGCCAUCGGGUUAGAACCACCAAAUAUCUCUGAUAUUGAACGGGCGUUACACGGACUUAUUAAAGAUGUGGAAGCAGCAAAUCUUCUAUAUUUUAAAGAAUGUAAUAAAAUGGAUACCCUUCGAUGUUCAGUCGAGGAAUUAAUGAUCGACCAUCUUUCCUUUAUUGAAAAAUGUGAACUGGAUCGUACGAAGGCAAUUAAAAAGGCAACCAUCGAUUUUUGUUCUACAAUUAGUAACAAGAUGGCUCAAAUGAAAGUCCAUGUAGAGAAGAUGAUCGAUGCUGAAGGAACUAUUGAUCCAACUGGGGAUUUAUUGGGUUUAAUCUCUAAAUAUAACACUGGGUUGUUCCAACCAAAGGUGAUAACUUAUAACAAUUAUUACAACCCUGGUAUUUAUCAAAAUUUUGGUAUUGACUUGGAGACCCGUUGUCGUCUAGAUAAACGUGUUGUGCCAUUGAUAAUUACUGUGAUACUAUCAUAUAUGGAUAUGAUAUAUCCUGAUAUGGAAAAUGAUAAAAUAAGAGUUUCAACAUGGACUCAACCGGUAAAACUAAGUUUAACGCAUCAAUUAAGAAAUUUAUUAAAUAAAACCCAAUUUAAAAAUGACGAAAAUAUAAUGAAAAUCAUAAAAGAUGGGAAUUAUGAGCCUAGUACAAUUGCAAGCGUACUGAAGAUUUAUUUACUUGAAUUACCAGAACCCUUGAUUACUACCGAACUUGCUGAAAUCUUGGGUGUAUUAUACAACGAAUAUCCACAAAGCAAUGAUGAAAAAGAGGACAAUAAUGAAGAAAAGAGAAUAACAGGUAUUUUUACUGCGUUAGCAUCUCUACCAAAGCCACAUAUUGCAACACUCGAUGCCAUUACUACGCAUUUCUACAGACUGAUUAAGAUAUUAAGGAUGGCAAAUGCAAAUGAUACCUCUGAAGAGAAAUCUAAGGAGGUGGAUAUGUUUGUUUCUACUUUUAUUACAGAUGUAUCGAAGGAAUUCGCAAAUUGUAUUUUACAUGCAAAGAAAUUCGAAGAUAAUGAUUUAGGUUAUAAAAUAUUCUAUGAUAUACUGACCCAUAAGAAACGUAUUUUCAAGGAAUUGAAGAGACAAAAUUCAUCAGAGAGAUGA